CUUCCACCACAGUUAGACUUUCCCUGAGUCCUGUUGCUGGGCAACCGAUUUGCUUCCUCCGGCUCAGCCGACACCUUGUCACACCUGCGAAGCCUAAACCACAACUUGCUGGGACUGUCUUAUGCCCACUCUCCUCAUUGCCACUUCAACAGCCAACAACCCGGGUGGUCCCAGUUGCUCAUCCAAAUUUGUGCUGGGAGGCUGGGUUGGCGCUGCAGUAACACGCCGCAGAUGAGUGAGACCCCAACUUCCCUUCUGGAAGUCUUCCUCUAGAGGAGUCAGAAUAGGAAAAGAAAAGUCAUUGUUAUAUCCCAAACUAAGAAACCGUUUAUCUUGGGAAUGUUCUGGGAUUCUAGAAAGCGAGUGACCUCUGAGACCUAACUGAAUGUAGAUGGAUGACCCAAAACCUCAGACAGGAGGCUCAGAGUAAACCUGAGGAGUUCGCAGUCUACCUGUGAACAGCAGCAGAUCCUCUGCUGCGUUAUCAUGUACAGCAGAGCUUACAUCUUGCUGGAAAGAGACUUAAAAGAGUUGAACCAGAACAAUUUUGUGGGUAUUACUGCUUUUCCUAUAACUGAUGAUAUGCUGAAAUGGCAAGCUGAAAUUGAAGGUCUACAGAAUUCAAGUUUGCAUGGAUUUGUUUUACAACUGACAAUAGAAUUUACAUCGGAGUACAACCUUGCCCCUCCAGUUGUGAAAUUUACAACAAUUCCUUUUCAUCCAAAUGUAGACCCAUACACUGGUCAGCCCUGUAUAGAUUUUUUGGACAACCCCAAGAUGUGGAAUACAGGCUAUACAUUGAGCAGUAUCUUACUUGCCCUACAGGUUAUGCUUUCUUACCCAGUGCUGGAAAACCCAGUGAACAUGCAAGCGGCCCAAAUGCUGAUUAAAGAUGAAUAUAUGUAUAGAAAAAUAAUUCGAAAGCUCUUCCAGGAACCAUUACAACUGAAAGAUGAUGACAUGCAGUCAUCCCAAGACCAAGAUAAAUUGGUCAGAUCAAUUAAAUCCAUCUCAUUUAAUGAUUACUACAAGACAUGGUCUAGAAUAGCCACAUCCAAAGCGACAGAAUCCUACAGAGCUCCACUGCUUGGAGAUCCACAUUUCAUUGGAGAGUAUUAUAAAUGGAAGAAAAUUGAUAAAGGACAUCCUAAAGAAUGGAAGUUAAAGUAUGCUGCUACCAAGUCUCAUCUUGCUAGAGAAAACAAAAUGCUUCACCAAGUCCAUGAUUCAAUUGAAAAGCCUCUCUGGCCAACUCCAGAUAAAGUUUCUACAGAUUCAUAUGCUGGAGAUGAUGAUAUAGAUUCAGAGUCCUGGGAAAAGGAAGUGGAUGACCUGGUUGCCUGGACCAACACUCUCAGUGUAGAUAAUUUAGAAGAUGAGACCUAACACUCCAGGAUUUAAAAAACAAACAACAUUAAACUUAGCUCAGUUGCGUGGAGCAACUUUGGGA